ACACUGAAGGUGGCGUCGGUGCACCGGUCUCGCGGUGCCCGCAGGCUGCCUUCAUUGAACCGAGUUGCUGUGGUAGUGGAUCAAGGCUCAGGCUUCACCAAGGCAGGCUUCGCUGGGGAGAUCAAGCCGCGCGUCGUACUGAAGAGCUCGAAUCUGAUGCCCAGUUGGGACCGGCCUGUGCUGCCAGGAGUACCCGGUUGCGAGCUGGCGGGAGGCGUGGCCCGCGCGCACCCUAUCAAGCAUGGAGUUGUAGUGGAUUGGGACGCACUGGAGGGACUGUGGGAGCGCCUAAUAGUGGGAGGCCUGCAGAUCCACCCGGAGCAGUGGCCUGUGCUGGUGAGCGACUCGCCAUCAGCACCACCCGAGGGCCGAGAGAAAGUGGCUGAGCUGCUGUUUGAGGCCCUGACAGUGCCUGCGUGCCACAUGGCCAGCACGGCGCUGCUGGCACUCUGCUCCGUCGGAGCUUUCAGUGGGCUGGCUGUGGAGGCGGGAGCGGGCGUGUGCCACGCCACACCCAUCUACGCGGGUCACUCGUGGCACAAGGCCACCUUCCGUCUGAAUGUGGCAGGCAGCACCCUGUCGCGCUACUUUCGCGAUCUGCUGGUGGCAUCGUGCCCAGAUCUUCAGCUGCAUGCCCUGCCCCGCAAGACCGUUACACAGCUCAAGAAGCGCUGCUGCUAUGUGUCGCUAGAUUUCCAGGGUGAUAUUUGUGACCCUGCCCGCCACCAGAGGGCCUGUUUUUGCCUGGGCAAAGGCUGCUACGUGCGCCUAGGCAGUGAGCGCUUCCGCUGCCCUGAACCCAUCUUCCAGCCAAGUCUCCUAGGCCACCCUGAGCCAGGACUGCCCACGUUGGCCUUCCAGGCACUGCAGAAGAUACCCACAACACUGCGGACACGGCUGGCCAAUACGGUGGUGCUAGCUGGUGGUUCCACCCUUUUCCCUGGCUUUGUGGAGCGCAUGAACCUGGAGCUCCAGGCACAGUGCCAGAGGCAUGGGUACCCGGCCCUGCAGCCCUGUCUGGUGGCUCAUCCUGGCCGGGGCACAGCUGUGUGGACUGGAGGUUCUAUGAUGGCCUCCUUGCACUCCUUUCAGUGCCGCUGGAUGACUCGGGCCAUGUACCAGGAAUACGGCCCUUUCCUGGUGCGAGAAGUGUUCGAUUGA